AUGGGGGCAGAUAUCUCAAUAGAGGACAAGCAUAAAGGAGAGCUUUAUUGGAUCGUCUUUCCACGACGCCCACUCAUAACUGACAAGGGUUGUGGAGGAAAACUCAAUAGAGGGAUCCCGGUAAUCCCCACGUUCAAUGCAGAGUCGGGGAAAGCUCUCAAGAGGAAGAAAACCAAGAUAUUUUGGUAUCGCAAGGAUUCUCAGUUAAUUUAUGGCCUCCACAGGUUUCUAAGCGAGGCAGAGAGGAAGUUGUACGGAUGUUUGAAAUCAACUUAUCAGUCACAACCACCCCUAGUAACUUCUGAUUUAAGGUGUCUUAAGAGCUAUUUCGACGAAUUCGCAUUGUUUUCACUCCAUGUCCGUAGUGCAAUUCAGGAUCAUGUGAGAGUGAAUGGUCGAUCACUUCCAUUGAGUCCGGAUGACUUUAAGAAGGAGAGCCCAAUUUAUUUGGCUGAAAUUGGUAGGUUUCAUCGUGUUCUAUUGACUUUGGUGAGGAUCCUCAAGCAAUGCCUGGACUGGUUGUGCACAUCUAUUAGGGAUGCUAGAGGCAGUUUGAAAUUCAAUUUUGGGUGGUCUUACUUUCUUUCAAUUCUGAAGGAGUUGAACAACAUAUCUGAACUUUACGAGGAUGGAGAAGAACUUCUUUCUGCUGCAUUUCGAGACUUUCCCCUUGCAAGGAAUUAUCUUAUUAGGCACUCCAAGAGGGGUGAUGAUCAUCUGUGGCUUCUCAAGUAUGGCAAUGCAAUAGAUUCUGAAUCAAGAAUACAUUUGAUGGUGAUGAUGUUCCCUGAGGUGAAGGAUGACAAGGAGAAGCUGCACAAAAUCCUCAUUGACAGGUCUCUGUUAUUCCCAGAAUCAUUUGAACACAUUGCUCUUGUAAAAGCCCAGUCCUUGCACAAUGGCCUUUUCGUGGAGUUCAAAGAUGAGGUAGCUACAGGUCAUGGUGUCCUGCGGGAGUGGCUGUCUUUGGUAUGCCAAGCACUCUUUAGUCCACAAAAAUCCCUUUUUGUAGAAUGCCCGGAGGACCGUCGCAGGUUCUUUCCCAACCCAGUAGAAGGGAAACCCCAACAACUGAAAUAUUAUGGCUUCUGUGGUCGGAUUGUUGCUUUAGCCUUGAUGCACAGAGUGCAAGUAGGCAUUGCAUUUGAUAGCGUAUUUUUCUUGCAAUUAGCCAAUGAGAAAAUAUCUUUGGAGGACAUACGCUGCGCAGAUCCAGUCAUGUAUGGGAGUUGCAAAAAGAUUUUGGAGACGGAUGCUGACUUUGUUGAUUCAGAUGCUAUGGGGUUGACAUUUUCCAGGGAAAUCAAAGAGUUCGGAUCCAGGAAAACUGUGGAGCUGUGUCCGGGAGGGAACAACAUUGUCGUCAAUAGCAAGAAGAGAGAACAACAUGAUUGGAAAGCGCACACAAAGUACGAGGACUUCAAAGAAACUGAUGAACAAAUCUGCUGGUUUUGGAAGGUUGUAGAGGGUAUGUCCAUGGAGCAGCAGAGGGAGCUUCUUUUCUUUUGGACCUCAGUAAAAUACCUUCCGGUAAAUGGAUUUUCUGGUUUGCCUUAUCCUUUGACAAUCUAUAAGACUUGCGGUUUUGAUGAUCGCCUGCCGUCUUCCCACACAUGCUUCUACCGCUUGUCACUACCAUGUUACCCAUCUAUGCCCAUCAUACAGCAACGUCUCUCUUUUAUCUGCCAAGCACACAUUGGCUGUAGUUUUGGGUUUAUGUGA